AUGUCUACUAAUCCUUUCCUUGAACAAGUGAGGUCUUCAUUCCAACGUUCGAGAUCUUUGAACGCAGGGCCAUCUUUGCAACCAAACCGGGUGAUCUCUGAAAUUCAGAAUCGUCUAGAAAAAGAGUUAGCAACUGCAAAAGAGCAAGCCAUUGCCACAUUUGAAGGUCUUGCUAUCCACACUGACCUCCCAGGGUCUUCACCUUCAAAUUCGGAAUCAAGUUCAGACCAAGAAGAAGAAGAGAUGGCUGCCAAUGAGUUCAUGGGAGACCUUUAUAUCCCAACAAUUCCAGCAUCCCCUUCAAGCAUCUUGCUGCCCACCGCAGCUCGAAACUAUGAGCUUAAAUCUUCUCAUCUUAAUAUGCUCCCUUCUUUUUAUGGUUUACCUAAUGAAGAUCCAUUAACUCAUAUAAAGGAUAUUUUUAAUGUUGUGAGCUCUUUUCCCUUGACAGGUGUGACAGAAGAGCAACUUCGAAUGAGAGUGUUUCCGUACACUUUGAAAGAUAAGGCGAAAUAUUGGUUGAAUUCUUUGAAGCCUGGUGGUUCUUAUAAGACUAAAACUCCAGAAGAAACAUAUGAACUCUUUGAGGAGAUAGCAAUGGAGACCCAACACACCGAUACAAGAGGUAAGCGUAUUGCUGGUGGUUCUAAUGAUUCUUCCAGUGUGCAGAUUUCCAAAUUGGAACAAAAGCUAGAUGCCCUCCUUGCAUUGAACUCAAGAAACCCUUUGAAGGAAGAGUGUAGCAUCUGUGAAACUCAUGAUCAUCCUACCAUUUCUUGUCCCUUUGGGGCUGCAUAUCCAGAAUUUGUGCAAAAGCAAGCUAAGUUGGUGAAUUCCUACAACCGAGGUCCAAUAAAUGACCCAUAUUCUCAAAGUUAUAAUCCAGGUUGGAGGAAUCAUCCAAACUUUUCAUGGAGGAAUACACAGAAUCAAGCGAAUCCCCCUUCACUUCAAAGGCCACAACAAUCAUCAUCGUUGGAGGAUAUAGUGAAGCAAAUGGCAAUCAACCAAUCCAAUUUCCAGCAAACAACACAAGCUGCCAUCUCCAAGUUGGAAGUCCAAUUGGGCCAGAUAGCUACUGAAAUAGCUCAAAGAGAACCUGGGAAAUGGCCAAAGGAUGAAGAUGAAGAGGAAACCACAGCUAUGGAAGGAGAACAACCCAAAACGUCCCAAUCUGCUCCUAAGGCCAAAUCUGAUUCUCGGGAACCCAAUCCAUUUCAAUUGCAUAAAAGAGAUGACAAAUUUGUGCCAUCACAUCUUCAUCAAGAUAGAUACAUCCCACCUCCUCCAUAUAUUCCACCGAAUCCAUUUCCAGGCCGUUUGAAGAAAGCAAAUCAAGAUAAGGCUUUUAAAGAGAUUUAUGAUAUUUUGAGUAAAGUUAAUAUCAAUUUGCCCUUGCUUGAUGUUGUUAAACAGAUUCCUGCAUAUGGAAAGUUCAUCAAGCACUUGAUGACUCACAAGCUCAAUUUUACUCCAAGUGAAGAAGGAAAGCUCAACAAGAAUGUGAGUGCUGUGUUGCAAAGGAAGCUUCCACCAAAACUAGAAGAUCCUGGCAGCUUUAACAUUCCCAUUAACAUCGGAGAUAAGGCGGUUGGAAGAGCCAUGUUGGACUUGGGAGCAAGCAUCAAUGUAAUGCCAUAUUCAGUUUAUCAGGCGCUUGGCUUAGAAGGGAUAAAGAAAACCUCAAUUCGUCUUGAACUAGCUGAUCAUUCUAUCAAAUAUACAAGAGGUAUUGUAGAAGAUAUUUUAGUUCAAGUUAAUACACUCAUUCUUCCGGCUGAUUUUGUAGUGAUGGAUAUGGAGGAUAACCCAUAUGUAGACCGUGUUGAUCCCAUUCUCCUCGGGCGACCAUUCAUGGCCCCUGCAGACACAAUCAUCAAAGUGAAAGAUGGCACCCUCUCCAUGACUGUUUUGGGUGAAACUGUUGAAUUUAAAGUGUUUGAUGCUCUGUCUCAACCUUCUAUCACUCUUGAUACUUGUUUUUCAAUUGAUGUUGUGGAUCAUGAGGUUUCUUCUAAAAUUGUGCAGAAAAAGUCUAAUGAUGCUUUGGAAGCGGCCCUAACACAAGAAGAGGAAGAUCUCUUUGAAUCAGAGUUCCAAGAAGUGAUGGCUGCCUUAGAAGUGUUUCAACCAUACCCACCAUCCUUUAGGCCACCACUUGAGCCUCUUGCAUCAUCCUCCACAAAAUUGGAGCCAUCCAUUAUCACCCCACCAAAGCUAGAACUUAAACCUCUACCCAAUCAUCUUAAAUAUGCUUAUUUGGGUGCUAAUGAAACCCUCCCUGUUAUAAUUGCUGCAAGUCUCACUUCACAUGAAGAGGACAGUUUAAUUGAAGUUCUGAAAGAACAUAAAACAGCCCUUGGAUGGACCAUAGCAGACAUCAAAGGAAUUAGUCCAAGCAUGUGCAUGCACCAAAUUUUAAUGGAAGAAGACAGCAAACCAUCUCGUGAUGCACAAAGGAGGCUAAAUCCCAAUAUGAAAGAGGUGAAGUUCGGAAUCACCGUUGUAAAGAAUGAGAAGAAUGAGCUAGUUCCAACACGCACUAUCACCGGUUGGAGAGUUUGCAUUGAUUAUAGGAAGUUGAACACAUCCACGAGAAAAGAUCAUUUUUCCUUGCCUUUUAUUGAUCAAAUGCUUGACCGUUUAUCUGGCCAUGCUUACUACUGUUUUCUUGAUGGAUUUUCAGGUUAUAAUCAAAUUCCCAUUGCUCCGGAAGACCAGGAGAAAACCGCGUUCACAUGCCCAUUUGGUACAUUUGCUUAUAGAAGGAUGCCAUUUGGUUUGUGCAAUGCUCCAGCAACUUUCCAAAGAUGCAUGAUGGCAAUCUUUUCUGAUAUGGUGGAGCGAUUCAUGGAGGUAUUUAUGGAUGAUUUUUCAGUUUUUGGUUCAUCUUUUGAUGAUUGUCUUCACCACUUGUCUCUAGUGCUUACAAGAUGUCAGGAAACAAAUCUGAUUUUGAAUUGGGAGAAGUGUCACUUCAUGGUAAGACAAGGAAUUGUGCUAGGCCAUGUUGUUUCAAACAAAGGAAUUCAAGUGGACAAAGCCAAGAUAAAUAUCAUCACAAAUCUACCACCCCCUUCCUCUGUUAAAGGAGUUAGAAGCUUUCUGGGCCAUGCCGGAUUCUAUAGAAGGUUCAUAAAUUUUUCAAGCAUUUCAAGACCAUUGUGUAAUCUCCUUGCUAAGGAUUCUAUUUUUGAGUUUGACGAGAUUUGCAUGGAAGCCUUUACGACUUUGAAGAAAGAGCUAACUUCAGCCCCUAUUAUCAUAGCUCCAGAUUGGUCUUUACCAUUUGAAAUAAUGUGUGAUGCCUCUGACUUUGCUAUUGGUGCAGUUUUAGGUCAAAAGAAGAACAAGCUUCCCCAUGUGAUUCAUUAUGCAAGUCGGACCUUGAAUGAUGCCCAACUCAAUUACUCCACAACAGAAAAGGAGUUGCUUGCUGUGGUUUUUGCUUUAGAAAAAUUUCGUCCUUACCUUGUUGGUUCUAAAGUAAUUGUUUAUUCUGACCAUGCAGCUCUUAGAUACUUGCUCACUAAGAAGGAUGCCAAACCUCUCUUGAUCAGAUGGAUUCUCUUGCUGCAAGAGUUCGAUUUGGAGAUUCGAGACAAGAAGGGAUGUGAAAAUGUGGUGGCUGACCAUUUGAGCAGAAUUGUGGUUAAAGAGCAAGGAGAAGCUGUACUACCAUUGAAUGAGACUUUCCCAGAUGAACAACUAUAUGUUGCCCAAGUCAAAGAGCCAUGGUAUGCUGAUUUUGUUAAUUAUCUUGCUUGUGGUGUUCUUAGAAAUGAUCUAACUUAUCAAGACAAAAAAAAGUUCUUUUCCAUGGUGAAACAUUAUGUCUGGGAUGAACCUUUCUUAUUCAAGCAUUGCCCAGAUCAACUCAUUAGAAGAUGUGUUCCAGAAGAAGAAAAGUGUGAUAGGUGUCAAAGGAUGGGAAACAUAAGCCGCAGGAAUGAACUGCCAUUGAAGAACAUACUCUUUGUGGAACUCUUUGAUGUAUGGGGUAUUGAUUUCAUGGGACCAUUCCCAUCUUCCUUUGGUUAUACCUACAUACUUGUUGCUGUUGAUUAUGUGUCUAAAUGGGUGGAAGCCAUAGCCACCAAAACCAAUGAUCAUAAGGUGGUCCUGAAGUUCUUGAGGGACAAUAUUUUCACAAGGUUUGGUACUCAAAGGGCUGUCAUUAGUGAUGGAGGCAGCCACUUCUGCAACAAGCUAUUUGAAGCACUCAUGAAGAAGUACAAUAUCACCCACAGAGUCUCUACACCAUAUCAUCCUCAAACUUCUGGUCAAGUAGAAAUAAGCAACAGAGAAAUUAAGCAGAUCGUAGAGAAGGUGGUGAAUAGUACAAGGAAAGAUUGGGCUGCCAAGCUCAAUGAUGCAUUAUGGGCUUAUAGGACUGCAUAUAAGACUCCCAUCGGAAUGAGCCCUUAUCGUCUUGUGUUUGGAAAAGCCUGUCACUUGCCAAUGGAGCUUGAACACAAUGCUUUUUGGGCCAUCAAGAAGUUGAAUUUUGAUCUGAACAAGGCCGGCCAUGUUAGAAAGUUUCAGCUCAAUGAAUUGGAAGAAAUUCGACAUGAGUCCUAUGAUAGUGCAAAGCUAUACAAAGAACGUACCAAGAGUUACCAUGACAGGAACAUUCAACGGAAAGAAUUCACCAAAGGUAUGUCGGUUCUUUUGUUUAACUCACGUUUGCGUCUCUUUCCAGGAAAAUUGAAGUCUAGGUGGCUUGGCCCAUUCACCGUGGUCAAUGUAUCUCCCUAUGGAGCUGUGGAGAUUCAAAAUCCUAAAGAUGGCUCUACUUUCAAAGUAAAUGGACAACGUUUAAAGCCAUUCUAUGAGGGAAUGUCAGUUGGAAUUCAAACUGGUCAUGUGGUGGAUCAUCUUCCCUUCAUACAAUCAAUCCUCGUGGGUACGACCUCGUACUUGUCUUGCUAUACUACUAAUUGGCCCGUACAAUUGCGAGUUAACAUUUUAACAACAGCACCAGAGUUGGAAUUAAAGCAAUUGCCAAAACACCUUAAAUAUGCUUAUUUAGGUGAAAAUGAGACUCUACCUGUUAUCAUUGCCUCACAUCUCGGACCAAAUGAUGAAAAUAAGCUUUUGAGAGUUCUAAAAGAGCACAAAACUGCAAUUGGGUGGAGCAUUGCAGCUAUCAAAGGCAUAAGUGUUGUUAAAAUCCCAACACUGUGCAUGCACAAGAUAUUAUUGGAAGACAAUGCAAUGCCUAAGAGGGAUGCCCAAAGAUGUCUUAAUCCAAACAUGAAGGAGGUGAAGUCAGGUAUCACGGUGGUGAAGAAUGAAGCAAACGAACUUGUACCUACACGGAUGACCACGGGCUGGAGAGUUUGCAUUGAUUAUAGGAAGCUCAACACAGCGCCAAGCAAAGAUCACUUUCCUCUUCCAUUCAUUGAUCAAAUGCUUGAGAGAUUAGCUGGCCAUAGCCACUAUUGCUUCCUUGAUGGAUAUUCAGGCUACAACCAAAUCGCCAUAGCCCCAGAGGAUCAAGAGAAGACGACCUUCACAUGUCCCUUUGGCACUUUCUCUUAUAGGAGGAUGCCUUUUGGUCUCUGUAAUGCCCCAGCCACUUUUCAAAGGUGCAUGAUGAGCAUUUUCUCCGACAUGGUAGAAAGGUUCAUUGAGGUAUUCAUGGAUGACUUCUCUGUCUUUGGUGAUUCUUUUGAUCAAUGCUUGCAUAACUUAUCCAAGGUGUUGGCUAGAUGUGAACAUACUACCCUUGUGCUUAAUUGGGAAAAAUGUCAUUUUAUGGUUAACCAAGGCAUAGUUCUUGGUCAUGUCAUCUCUAGUAAAGGAAUUGAGGUAGAUAAAGCUAAGAUUGAUUUGAUUGCCUCUAUGCCCUCACCUACUUCUGUCAAAAAAGUACGUUCUUUCCUUGGCCAUGCAGGUUUCUAUAGGCGUUUCAUUAAGGAUUUUUCUAAGAUUGCAAGGCCUAUGUGCAAUCUCCUUGCCAAGGACAUGGAUUUUGUGUUUGAUCAAGACUGUGAGAAUGCUUUCAAUGCUUUGAAGAAGAUGCUCACAACUGCCCCAAUCAUUAUACCACCAGAUUGGAGCUUGCCUUUUGAAUUGAUGUGUGACGCCUCAGAUUAUGCUGUUGGAGCUGUUUUGGGACAGCGAGUUGAUAAGAAGCCACAUGCCAUCUACUAUGCUAGUAGAACCCUCAACGAUGCCCAACUCAACUAUUCCACCACAGAGAAGGAGUUGUUAGCUGUCAUAUUUGCUUUAGAGAAGUUCAGAUCAUAUUUGAUUACUAACAAGGUUAUUGUUUACACUGAUCAUGCAGCAUUGAAAUACUUGUUAGCUAAGAAGGAUGCCAAACCACGACUCAUUAGAUGGAUUCUCUUGUUGCAAGAGUUUGACUUGGAGAUAAAAGAUAAGAAAGGAAGUGAGAAUGUCGUGGCUGAUCACUUGAGUAGAUUGGUGCAUGUAUCUAACGAAGAGGAGGAUUCAUUGCCAUUGCGUGGAAGCUUCCCUGAUGAGCAACUCUUCUCCAUUUAUGCUUUGAAUUCUCUCAAUCCAUUGCCUUGGUUUGCUGAUAUUGUUAACUAUUUGUGCACUAACGAACUCCCUACAAGGUUAUCUACUUUCCAACGUGACAAGCUUAGGAAGCAAGCAAGAUACUACUUUUGGGAUGAUCCCUAUCUAUUCAAGCAUUGUCCAGACCAAGUAAUUCGAAGGUGUGUGCCUGAAGGUGAUUUUAAGAGCAUUCUGGAGUUUUGUCAUUCCCACGCAUGCGGAGGCCAUUUUGGAGCAAAGAAGACUGCCAGCAAAGUGCUACAAUCAGGUUUCUUUUGGCCUACCCUUUUUAAGGAUGCUUAUGUUUUUUGUGCUUCAUGUGAUAGAUGCCAACGGAUGGGUAAUUUACAUGCUAGAAAUCAGAUGCCUCUCACCAAUAUCUUAAUCAUUGAUAUAUUUGAUGUUUGGGGAAUUGAUUUCAUGGGCCCUUUUCCUACCUCUUAUGGAUUUGAAUAUAUAUUAGUUGCUGUCGAUUAUGUUUCUAAAUGGGUGGAAGCCAUUGCCACUAGAACUAAUGAUGCUAAGGUUGUGAUCGGUUUUCUCAAAGGAAAUAUUUUUACAAGGUUUGGCACACCUAGAGCAAUCAUUAGUGAUGGUGGCUCCCACUUUGUUAACCAAGCUUUUGCAGCACUCUUGAAGAAAUAUGGAAUCACACAUAAGGUGGCAACACCCUAUCAUCCUCAAACUAGUGGGCAGGUUGAGAUAAGCAAUAGGGAGAUUAAGCACAUACUUGAAAAGACAGUGAACACCACAAGGAAGGAUUGGUCCAUGCGUUUGGAUGAUGCAUUGUGGGCUUAUAGGACUGCUUAUAAGACCCCUAUAGGUAUGUCUCCGUAUAGACUUGUUUUCGGUAAACCUUGUCACUUACCAGUGGAGCUUGAGCACAGGGCUUAUUGGGCAAUCAAAGCCUUCAAUUUUGAUAUGAAAGCCGCUGGUGAGAAGAGGAGGCUUCAACUCAAUGAGCUGGAGGAGUUGCGACAUGAAGCAUAUGAGAACGCGAAGCUUUACAAGGAGAAAACAAAGCAAUAUCACGACAAGAAAAUUCUUAGGAAGACGUUUGAGAAAGGGCAGAAGGUUCUCUUAUUCAAUUCACGCCUUAAGCUCUUCCCAGGUAAGCUUCGUUCUCGGUGGAUUGGCCCUUUUGUUAUUACUAAUGUGUUUAAUCAUGGCGCAGUGGAGAUUCAAAACAUUAAGGAUGGCAGCACCUUCAAGGUGAAUGGACAUCGGUUGAAACCUUACUUUGAUGCCAACUUUGAUGCCAAUAUUGAGUCUCAAGCACUCAAGGAGCCUCCACCACUCUCUUAA